AUGGCUAAAUGGGCAAAAAUUAAGUUUGGUUUUGGUUCCUUGUUGGUCCUCUCUGCUGUUUCAUUGGGUUUAUUUUUUGCUUUUCUUGAUAUGUCAGUGCAUCGACACAUUGUUCUGAGCCAGGAUCUACUUGGUGCUUCGAAGAGGUUAUUUUCAUUGACAGAGCCAAUGACCACGAUACCGUGGGCUCCUGUUGAGCCGACGGACAAGGCUCGGGAGAGGAAGCAAAGGAUUGUGUUAAUUGUUGCUCAUGGCCGAUCUGGUUCUACGUUUCUGGCCAGCAUUUUCAACCAACAUCCACGAGUGUUUUACGUGUUUGAGCCACUUCAUGGAAUUCAGAGAACAAAACCUGAGGAUUAUGAUAAAAUUGCAAUGAAUCUUCUUCAUCACAUUUUCAAGUGUGACUUUAGUGCGGGGAAUUCAACGCGGGAUAUCGGCAGUUUUUUUCGGUUCUAUAGUCGAGCCCUGAGCUCUCCGCCAUUCUGUAACUUCAGACAGGGAGAUCCUAGAUGGCGAAGAAAAGACUGUUUAACUGUAACGCAAGAAAAUCUUGAACAUUCGUGUAAAAAACAACAUGAUACAAUUGUUUAUAAGCUUCUCUUGGAAAGGAUUCCUGGUCAAUCAAUCGAAAAGCUCUUUGAAACUUGCGAAUUGGCGGGAAUAAAGUGCAAAAUCAUAUAUUUAUUACGUGAUAUAAGACCAGUGGUAAUGUCUUCUCAGAGGGUAGCCUUUUUCAAAGAAGUGAACAGAAGGGAAAAGUCAUCGAUGAGACAAUUUGUUCAUUCUCGUUGUCAGAUGACGGAGGCAAAUCUUCGUUUGGUGAGAAAUCUUCCAGUAUCGCUUCGCAGUCGUGUAAGACUGGUGCGAUAUGAAGACUUGGCGGUGGCACCCUUAACCGUUUUGCAGUCUUUGUUCGAGUAUGCUGGACUUGAAGUGUUAGGAAAUAUCAAACAAUGGAUUGUAAACAUAACACAGCCCAGCGCUAAGGAUUUAAGGGCGGAGAAGCGAAAUCCUGUAUCUGUUAUCAGAAAUUCUUUGGAGAUUCUGAACAAGUGGCGACGUUUAAUAGAUUCCUGUUCAGUGAACGUGAUUGAGAGAUAUUGCCAUGAUGUGAUGAAAUCAAUGGGCUACAUUGCAACAGAAGGCUCGGUAGAAAUGCUUAAAAAUCUUACAAUACCACUUUUUGCUGAGAAUUACCCAGCGGCUAAAUAUUGGAUGGAGGAAUGA